AAGAAAUGAAGGAAGUGGAAUUUCCAGAAGGUGCUCUGAGGUGUAUAUAAUCUCUGCUCCACAAGAGCUGGACAGUAUCUGGAGGUCAGACACAACAAGAGAGGAGAGUGAACAGCAGACAGUUUGCUGCCUUAUAAAUUUCCGAAGCAGAAAGCCCGAGGCAUCAGCAGUGAACCAGUCUAACAGAGAUGACAACAUCCACAGCCAAACUGCAGGAGAUCUAUAACCAGCAGGGCUUCCUCUCAGCGCUGCCUGUUUUAGAUGAAACUGAGCUGAGGGAGGCCAGGCGAGCCUUUUCUGAGCUGGAGGAAGAAUUUGGUGAGGAGUACACACAGUACAGCCUCCAUAAUGUUCACCUUCAGUAUCCAUGGGUGAAGGACCUGACCAAACAUCCUCAAAUCCUGCAAGUGGUCAAAGACAUCAUUGGCCCAGAUGUGAUCCUGCUGGACUCCCGUUUCAUCUGUAAAUACCCCGCAGUCAAACCCAAACACCAAGAGAAUGAAGAGGGGGAAACCAAGCCUGAUGUUGAGGAGAAUGAACUCCCAUAUGUGGCCUGGCAUCAGGAUAUGAGGUAUUGGGGUGUUGCAGGUGGCCCUGUUCUCUCCGUGUGGCUCGCUUUAGAUGACUCACUGAAGGAGAACGGCGCUCUCCAGGUCAUCCCAGGUAGUCAUUGCGCCGGCGUGUUACCCCAUCGCCAAGCCGUCCGCCCUGGAAACAUGCUGUCAGUGAACCAGGAGAUCCCCGAGGAGCUGGUGCAGGCUGAUGAAGCUGUGAUUUGCCCUCUGUCAGCCGGCCAGAUGUCUGUUCAUGAUGGAUUCCUGGUCCAUGCAAGUGAUGCAAACAUGUCCCAGAGGAGGCGCUGUGGCUUGGUCAUCCGUUACGUUCCCACCUGUGCGUAUCCCAUACAGGAUCCGAAUCGUCCAAGGAAAUUUCAUGCGACAGAGUUGGCAUGUGGAGCUGAUCAGUUCAAACAUUUCUCCAACAAAACUGCGUGAAUUUUUCCUUGAUUCUUCUGCACAUCGACAAGUCAUAUGUUGUACUUUGGCUGUUCCAUGUACAUGUAUAAUGUAUAAACCAGAAGUGUAGAUUGGACUAUAUUGUUUAUCUUCUGUAAAUAUAUGAUCAAUUCAUAAAAUAGUGUCUUCCAUGUUGAA